UAUCAAAACGAAAUCCCGAGGGAAUUGAGUCAUGGAGUGAGUCUUUGCUUCAGUUUUCCUGCUUCCACUAUAAAUAACUGACCCUCCCCACUCGGCGGCGGCAGCAGCUAGCAGAGCGAGUUCGGGACGGAACAGAGGAAGAAGAAGGCGAUCGCCGUCGUUUUCACUGGCCUUUGAUCACGGCUUGCCCGUGGAGGAAGAGAGAAAGACACGGUUGUAUUUGGUCUGUUCUCUACUCGAAUCAGCGAUCUUGGAGAUUUCUUCUCGAGGCUUUACUGGCACCGUCUGAGAAGAUGAGAGUGUUCAACAUCGAAAGCGUGAUAGAUGAAUUUGAAACAGUGACCAAGUCUGCCGGUCACCACCAGCGAGAGACCCUCCGCAAAAUUCUUGAGCAAAAUGGCAAAGCAGAGUACUUGAAGAACUUAGGCCUUGGAGGAAGAACUGACCCAGAGAGCUACAAGGCCCGCGUCCCUUUGGUCACGCACGGUGACUUGGAGCCGUACAUCCAGAGGAUCUCGGAUGGUGAUUCUUCUCCUAUUCUGACGGGGAAGCCUAUAACUUCAAUUUCACUCAGUUCCGGCACCACACAAGGAAAACAAAAGUAUUUACCAUUCAACGAGGAGUUAGUUCAGUCCACAAUGCAGAUAUUUCAGACUUCAUAUGCAUUCAGAAACAGAGAGUAUCCAAUAGGCGAUGGAAAGGCUUUACAGUUCAUCUACGGCAGCAAACAGGUCAAAACUAAUGGAGGUCUGACAGCCACAACAGCAACAACCAAUGUGUACAGAAGUGAACAAUUCAAACGCACGAUGAAUGAUAUCCAAUCUCAGUGUACAAGCCCUGAUGAAGUUAUAUUUGGUUCAGAUUACCGACAGUCCUUGUAUUGCCACCUCCUGUGCGGGCUAAUCUACUCGGAUGAAGUGCAGUUCAUAUUUUCCACCUUUGCUCACAGCCUAGUUCACUCGUUUCGAACUUUUGAGCAGGUGUGGGAGGAAAUCUGCACAGAUAUUAGAGAAGGAGUCCUCUCAAGCAGAAUCACCGUUCCAUCUAUUCGCGAAGCUGUUUCUAAGAUUUUAGUCCCCAAUCCAAGUCUGGCGGACUCCAUUUACCAAAAGUGUGUGGGAUUAAGUAACUGGUACGGUGUGAUUCCAGAGCUUUGGCCUAAUGCAAAGUAUGUCUACGGCGUUAUGACUGGGUCUAUGGAGCCAUACUUGAAGAAACUAAGGCAUUAUGCAGGGAAUCUUCCCCUUAUGAGUGCUGAUUAUGGUUCUUCAGAAGGAUGGAUCGGUGCCAAUGUGAAUCCUAGUUUGCCUCCAGAGUUGGCUACCUUUGCAGUGCUUCCCAAUAUCGGUUACUUCGAGUUCAUUCCUUUGGAGAAGCUUGGCAUGCAGGAGCUGGAGAGUAGUCUCACCUCCAUUCACUACAAAGAAGCAGAGCCAGUAGACCUCACCGAAGUUGAGGUUGGCAAAGAAUAUGAAGUUGUUAUUACCAAUUUCGCUGGUUUGUAUCGGUAUAGGUUGGGGGAUAUUGUAAGAGUAACUGGCUUUCACAACUGUACACCUGAGCUUCAGUUCAUGCGCAGAAGAAGCCUAAUUCUCAGCAUUAACAUAGAUAAGAACACUGAGAAAGACCUUCAGCUGUCGGUUGAAGCAGCAGCCAAGCUUUUGGCCGAGGAAAAAAUUGAGGUUGUGGAUUUCACUAGCCAUGUAGACACUUCGACAGAGCCAGGACACUAUGUGAUCUUUUGGGAGCUAAGCUCUGUCUCCAAUGAUGAGAUUCUCCAUAGCUGCUGCAACUGCUUAGACCUAUCGUUUGCCGAUGCUGGUUAUGUUGGUUCCAGAAAGGUCAGUGCCAUUGGACCUCUAGAACUUCGCAUUGUGCGUAAAGGAACAUUCGAUAUGGUCUUACACUAUUAUGUUGGGCUUGGGGCUGCUUUGAGCCAGUUUAAGGCACCACGCUGUGUCAGCCAGUCGAACAGCAAGGUUUUGCAGAUCUUGUGCAUGAAUGUUACAAGCUGUUACUUCAGCACUGCUUAUGAAAACUAAAACUUGCUAGUAAACCUCCUCUCUCGUGUAUUUAUUCAUGUACCCUGUGAUCAAAGGAGUCCUACUCAGUGCAUAAUCUUCAGUACUAGGAUGUAUAAUUUUAGUGCUGAUGUAAAUCCGUUCCAAUUAAAUUUGAUCUCUGGCCUUAAGCUUCUGAAA